AUGGAUCCUCUCUCAAUCGCGACGGGAUGCGCCAGUCUCGUGACGACCAUUGGAGGCUUGACUUUGUCCAUCAAUUCAUUUGUGCGAAAUUGCAGAGAAGCUCGUAGCGAUUUGGAUAGCGUAUCACGCGAGCUGCACUCCCUAGAAACAGUCCUUGAGCUGAUCGAAGAAGACGCCAAAGACGACACAAAGCCAUUCCCCGAGACUAUCCAGCGCCAUGUUUCUGGUAUCGUGACAAAUUGCGGCUCCGUUGUCGUCGAAAUCCAGACAUGUAUAACAAAAUAUGGGGAUGGCAAUGUCAGAAGUAAGGCCGCAUGGGUGCUUAAUGGCCAAGGCGACAUGGGAAAGUUAAGAUCCAGUCUGGAAGCUCAUAAAUCGGCACUGGAGCUGGCACUCGACAUGCUUACGUUGUCCCUCACGAAAGAUAUCAAGACCGACACUACCGAAAUUCGCAACGACACAGCUGCUAUUAAAGACGACACGGCUCAGAUUCUUCAAGAAAUUGCACAGCUUCAAGCCCGACUGCCCGAAACAGCCGCUGCACCGAAUGAUUUCAUCUUACAGAAGUUUCUUGAGGACAUGGCAACUUAUACAGAAACAACUCUUGAUGUUGAUGGGGGAUUCAGUGACCGAGCAAGCUCGAAGGCUCUGUCAUUCAUAGACGAGUGCGAGGAGAGCCCGCGUGUAUCAAACCCUUUUGAUAUUCCUAUCCCGACCUCACAGAACGAGGACAACAUCGAGUCCAAUCAAGUGUCUCACUCACCUGCCAUGAUAUAUGGUGGCGCUGGUGUGAACAAGGCAGACGACCUGGAACAUCCCAAAGAGAAGCCUUUUGCCAAGCUGGCAAAACGGGAAUCUCUAAUCAAGGGCUACGACGCCGAUUUGGUCGAAACACACGUGGCAUCCCAAAGACUUUCACCCUCUUUAAGACCGACUCCUAGACCCAAGAAACUAGAACCAAUCACUCUAAAACCUGCGAGGGCCAAGUCCUCGGAUUACGAUUACGUGGUAGAACAAACAUCCGCUACUACACUUGAUCCAACAAGGAAUGUUGAAACAGUCCUCACGAAUCCAAGGCCAGACCAUGUUAUACCGUCUAUUCCACAAAACUUACUGUCUGACAAGCCUAGGGUGGAACCCGGCGCAGAAUUAAAAAAUCUAUCGCCAGAGAUGGUGUUUCGGAUAGCUUACAGCGUCCACCCAUUUUUUAACAACUUUGUCCACGAUGUGCCCGUUCCUGAAGCGAUCCUGAAGGCCGUUCCUCUUACAAACGAACGUGAAUUCACUACCUCUAGAUUCACUUGGGUAACGUGCCCACCGCACAAGAUGGUUGCUGAAAGCUAUUGCCUCAGACCCACGUUUUACACCACAACGCCGGUGACGAAAUUUAUACUACUGGUGGUGGUGAGACCUUUGGGCCGAGGCCUGAGAAACACAUGGAGCCUGAUCCAUAAAGCAAUUGCAUAUGCAGAAGAGAGGAUUGGACCGGAGACAUGGAAACAGAUUCGUGUGCACAUCCAUAUUGAAUGGCAUAUUUCCAAACUUUGUUUCGGGUUUCUCAAGAUAAUCGGGGCAAUUGAGGAUUUUAACAUUCCUGCCAAACCAGUCCGUAACAAAAUGGUUCUGCACGCGGCUCUUACCCAAGACACUCUGGAAGUUACGGGGAAAUACGUUGAAGGCACCAUCCAAGAGCUGAUACAGGCACAGUCCACUGUGCAACUUCGUGAGGCGUACAGCGGAGAAAGCGAUAUGGAUUCUCUAAACAGCAAUAUCCAUAGAGACCAUACCUUUCUGUAUAGGGCGUGGACUGCCAAAAAGCCUCUGGCCACGACCAAUGACUCCAUUGGCCUUAUCAAGUUUGAUGAUCUAGUUAAGCAAACAAGAACAUUCAAAGAAAGGCUUUUGGGGUAG